AGUAAACCUGCUACUGGACGAAGCCGGCGUUAAAUGAUGGUUGCUGUAUGUUUGGAUAUUUCUUUAAAAUAUUUAGGAAAAACUCAGAGAGAAUUUUUUAAGCAAACGUUUCAUUUUUAAAACCUUUUUUUUUAGAUCCACCGUGGUCUAGACUUUUAAAUAAGUGUUUUAUUUCAUAAGAGGACUUUCUUUAGGACCUGCACGUCCCUGCUACACUGCCGAAAAUAAACAUGUAUGGGUGACCGUCUUCUGUGCGCUGAAUGGAGGAAAUAACGGUUUUUAUUGCAGCAGCCGAGAAGCAUUCGACUCCAGUUUACGUCCGGUUUGAGACGCAGGAUGAAAACCGUCAGGGUUGCAGUGGUUGGGGCUGGCGUGGUUGGAUUCUCCACGGCCGUCUGCAUCGUUGAGGCUCUUCCCAUCUGCUCCGUUACUCUGCUGGCUGAGAAGUUCAGCCCGGACACCACCAGUGAUGUAGCCGCUGGGAUGGUGCUCGCUGAGGUGUUUCCAGAUAUCCCCUUGGAAAGACAAAGACGCUGGUUCAAGGACGGCUUUGAUCACCUCUUGGACAUUGCUCAAUCUGAACACGCACCAGAGGCUGGAGUACUGCUGACCUCUGGCUGCCAGAUUUUCAAAGAGGUUCCAGCUGAGAUGAAGCCCUUCUGGUCAGACAUUGUGAUUGGCUUUCGGAACAUGACUGAUCUUGAACUGAAACGUUUUCCAAAUCACAAGUUUGGACAGGUGUUCACUACCCUAAAAUGCGAGUGCUCCAUCUACCUGCCGUGGCUCGAGAAGAGGUUCAGGAAAGCUGGAGGCCGAGUGGAGCAGAGGAAAGUCAACAGUCUCCAAGAAUUAAGCAACAACUUUGACAUCAUUGUUAACUGCACUGGUCUGGGCUCCAGAACACUGGUGGGUGACAACCAAGUGCACCCAAUCAGAGGCCAGGUCUUCAAAAUGGAGGCCCCCUGGCUGAAGCACUUCAUCAGGGACGGAGAUGGGAUGUCCUACAUCUACCCCGGCAUCCACAGCGUCACUGUAGGCGGGACGAAGCAGGUGGGCGACUCGAGGCUGCAGUUGGACCAAGGAGAUUCGAAAAGCAUCCUGGAGCGCUGCAGGAAACUGGAGCCGUCGCUGAGGAAGGCUAAAGUUCUACACGAGCCGGUCGGUCUGAGGCCCGGCAGGAGGAGCCCGAGGGUGGACAAGGAGCUGGUGGAGCUGAGGGGCCGCCAGGUGCCUGUAGUCCACAACUAUGGCCACUCAGGCUGGGGAGUCUCGUUCGCCUGGGGGACCGCCCGGGACGCUCUGGGGCUGGUCAGGCAAUGUCUUCAUGAAAUGCCACUUCAAGCUAAACUGUGAAGCACUUCUAAUUCAUGCUAGCAAUCAGGGCCAAUAACGCUUGAAUUAAAGUCACAACACACAGAUAGACAACAUAUCAACAAAGCAACUUGAUAAAAUGCACAGAAGAUUUUUUGUUGUAGAUUUAACAGUUAACGGUGUUUAUAAAGAAAAUAUGACAAAAUACUAAUUUAAAGUGGUGAAUAUUUGAAGAGUUCAUUUGCAAAAACAGCUAACUCCGUUUCAUACAUUUUCAGAAAACUCUUUUUAUUGUUUACUUAAGAUAAUAACACUAAUAAUUUAUUUUCUCUCUUUUGUCAUGUAUUUUUCUACUGAGUCAAAUCCACUCAACUUCAGUUUGAUUGAUAUUAUCUCAAGUAAACAAUAAAAAAGUUUUCUGGAAAUUUAUCAAAACGGAGUUAUCUGUUUUUGCAAAUGAACUCUUCAUUUUAUUAACACAAAAACACUGCCUUUUUAAUUACUAAUAACUUUUACUCUUAGGUACUCUGAACUUAUGAAAAUAAGUUCAUAGACGAGACAAGAACAGAGAUUAACAGCCUUUUACGGAUUUUUACAAUGUAUAUGUAAAAGAAGAUUUAUUAAUAAAAUUAACAAACAGGAAAAAAACUAAUUACUGUAAAGAAAUUUUAUGAAUUUAAUCCUGUGAAGCUGCUGUGAAAUAAAAACCUCAUUGUUAAAUGUAAUAAGAACAAUUAGUGGACUUUGUCAACACUUCUCACUGUUUAUCAAAUACACUAGUAUACUUUUCAGUGAUUUUUCUGUUGCUACUUCAAAUGCAUGUCAAUACUUUUUUCUGGAAACAUGAAUUCUAUUAUUAGAAAAGCUAGAUACCUGCUAAUCAUCAUUUAUUUUGACACAGAUGUUACUAAUAACAUUAAACAUGACUCUGUCCCAGCAACACACAGCAUAUUACACACAAUACGCUGAAAUUAAAGCAGCCAAAUUCAAUUUA